AUGGCGCCUUUGACCCCGUACACCUACAUCCGGUGCCCCUGUUCCGAGACCCGGGAGCACGAGGACGGCUCGUCGACGCCGGGCAGCCCAGAAGACGAUGAGCGAACCUUUGACCCACGUGCUCCGCGCGCCAACUUCAGCCUGUUCCCUCUGGAGCACCUGAUGUACUGCGAGGACUGCCACCAAAUCCGAUGCCCGCGAUGUGUCAACGAGGAGAUUGUCACCUACUACUGCCCCAACUGCUUGUUCGAGGUUCCUAGCAGCAACCUGAAAAGCGAAGGCAACAGGUGCACCCGAAGCUGCUUCCAAUGCCCCGUUUGCGUCGGCCCCCUCGCUGUCACCAGCCUCGAUGCGCCACCAGAAAGCAGCAGCCUGCUCACCGCUGACGGUUCAGCGCCCCAAGGGGGCUCAUAUGUCCUGACCUGCUCCUACUGUACCUGGAGCUCGACCGAGAUUGGCAUCAAGUUCGACCGGCCCAACGGCAUCCACGGGCAGUUGGCGAAGCUGCAGAAUGGCGGCCAGCCCAAGCUAACUCCGAAGGAGCACAAGGAGAGGAAAAAGGAGAAGGCCGAAGACUACCACCUGGACCCGGAGGACAUGGACUCGGACCUACAGUUCUCUCUGCUCAAAUCAUUCUACCAGAAUCAGAUGGCAAACGCAAACCCCUCCGCCGGCGGUCUGUCAUCGCUCGGCGACCUCGGCCUCAACUCGCCCGGAUCUUUAUCCCGCAUCAUGAGCCUCUACACGGGCAACAACUUUGGGCCCAAGCAGGCGCGGGGCAAAGUGCAAAUCAUGAGAGAGGCUGAAAGUCCCAGCGAGGGCCUGAAGACGACCGACCUGGAUGAGACUGAGGCCAUUGAGAAGCUCAGGCACACCCACAGCGACGACACGACCACUCUGGCCCAGAACUCGCAGCAGCCAGACCCCGUACGGUUCCGAGACGAGCUGCGACCCAUCCCUUACCUUCUCAGAACGAAGCGGUCAAAGAGAUGCCCCAUCUGCCGCCACAUCAUCAGCAAGCCCGAGGCCAAGAUCUCCAACACGCGGUUCCGCAUCCGCCUUGUGGCCGGCAGCUACAUCCCCACCAUCACCAUCCGACCUCUGAACUCGGAGGUGCAGAACAUCCCGUCCACCGCCCGGCCGCCGAUACCGCAGGAGCUGUGGCUCACGCCGCUGAAGCCCGUGCAGUACCUCCUGACGUUCAAGAACCCCAUCUUCGAGACGGUCAAGGUGUCCCUCGCGACUCCGUCGAACACGCCCGGCCGCUUCGCCAGCACCGUGACGGUGCUGUGCCCCCAGUUCGAGAUUGACGCCAACACGGACAUGUGGGACGACGCGCUCAAGGACGACGGCGAGAAGGAGCGCCGGCGGGGCGAGGAGGGUGGGAUGCAGCAGGCCGAGGUGGGCAAGAUCUACGACCGCGGCCGCAACUGGGUGAGCAUCGUGCUCGAGGUCGUGCCGGCGUCCCUCGAAAGGGGGAACGAGGCGGCGGCGGCGGCGGCGGGUGGAGACGGAGACGAGCUACGGGAGGACGAGGAGGUGUUGGAGAUACCCAUGUUUGUGCGGAUCGAAUGGGAGACGGAGGCGCAGGGCGACGGGGGCACGACGACGAACAGGGACAAAGAGGCCAGAGAAAAGAGGGAGCUGGCGUACUGGUGCGUCCUGGGCGUGGGGCGCAUCAACCAGACUUAG